AGAGCGAGGCGAGAGGAGCCCGAGGAGAGGCGAAGAAAGGCAGAGAGACACAGGCAGCGUGUCCGCCCCGGGAAAGCACAGCGGUCCCGCAGCGAAGCCGCCAGGAGCCUGCCUGCCUGCCUGCCUGCCUGCCUGCCAGCCAGCCUGCUUGCCAGCCUGCCUGCCGUCGAGCCGCGGCCAACAGCUCCCUCCCGCCGUGGCCCCCUCGACGGAACGCCGCGCGCCUGCCGGCCAGCCUUCCUUUCUCCUUGGGGAUCCUUGCCUUGCUCCGGCUUCCUUGCUGUCCCAGGCUGGCCGUAGUGCUGCUGCUGCUGCUGCGCUUGCUGGAGGAGGCGGAGGAGGCGUCUGUGGGCGACUCGAGUCGUCCACCAACUCUCAUCUCGAGCCUGGGAUUUGCUAAAAGCUUCGGCCCAGAAGACGACGACGAAGAAGGCGGCGGCGAUCAGGGAGGGCGAAGGGGGGAAAACAGAGAGCGACGCGCGCUUGCAAAGGGAGCCGGUAAGCAGAGCCAGGGAGGCCCGUCGCUGCCUUUGGCCCGGCGGUGUGAGAUAAUGUGAAUCGGCCAAUUGGUUCCACUUCGCCAGACUCGCCCCGAAGGGUGAUUUGUGGCGUUUGGGGGGCGAGCGGAGGGGGCCGUCUGGGCUGGCCGCAGACCUUGGGGUGUGUGUGUUUGCAGUUAUAAAUGCGGUGUGUGGGCUGGGGGGCUUUGGGGAGGGUUGGCUGUGGGCUUGCCAAAAGCAGUGCCCCCACCCCACCCCUUUUCGCGCGCUCGCAGUUCAAACCAAGGACUCCAGCUUAAACCAGACGUCUUGGGGUACCGGCCUCCUCCCUCGAGGGGGAUGUUGAAAGAAAAGAGGAGUCGAGGCGAAGGACCUGCUGCAGGCCUUUCUGAUCUGGGGCCGUUUGUAGACCCAAUUGGCUACCUUUCCUUUCGCGAGCCGUCGGUUUGGAAGGGCUGGGCUCUCGCUAGGCUUGGAAGAGUCAGCCAACGCUGAUCGCCAAGGAAAGACAAUGAAUUACCCUUGUCUUCUAAUUGGCGUAACAACAGUAAACAUAAUAGUCAUCUCCAUCAGUACCACUAUGAUGAGGGCUGCUGCAGCUACUCCCACGACUAUUUGCACCAGAAAGCUACUAACGCGCUACCAGUUAAAGUAUACCAGCUGCAGGUUACUAGUUAGAAUAUAUUAGGAUUUAACACGAACACACACCGAGCUUCCUCCAAAGGUUCGUGGCCAGUUUCACUCCCUACGCCUAAAGGUUAAUUCACUGCUUCUUCAAAUGCAAAAUCAAUAAUUUUUCUUUACACCCACACACCCUCCCUAUUCUCCCCCCUUUCUUUUUAAAAGGCAUCAGAAAAAGAAGUUUAAUAAGUUAACAAAGGGGUUGCACUGGCAAGAAGAAAGUGCUGCUUUCCUAGGAAAUUUGUCUAGUUUUGCAAAAGUUUCUUCUCAGCGCGCGCCUAAGUAAACGGUAUUCCUCUGGAGGGAAACGUCAUAUAUGUUGCAGUUUCUCUCUCUCUGUCGGUCUGUCUCGCAUUUAAGGUUUGCAGAUCCUUAAAGUAACGGAAAUAAAUACAGGCCAAGCCUUAUGCAUAUGCCGCUUGUAUAUUUUUGUUCUCCUUUUGGUCCGGGCCUUGUUUCAGUUACAAAAUAAGGCCCGAUUUAGCAUUUUUUUAAAACAAAAUAGUUUAAACUGACUUAUGUGUGUACAAAAUCGGUUAGGGUUCUGCUGCUGUCUGCAGUCAGCCACCAAUUCAAUUUCCUCACUUCCUAGAAAGACAGAAAAGAAGCCCCUCCAAAUCCUAGUUACUAAUCUGCCAUCAAUAAUAUUUUAUUUUAUUUUUCUCUCGGUAAUUAUCAUUUAAUUGUAUGCCUCGCUGCAUGUUCAUGAUAAAAAUAUUUGAGAACAGCUUAAAAACGCGAAUUUUGCCAAACCAUUUUUAAAAGUGUGGGGGAGGGUAUCUUUAUUAUUAUUUAAUUGUGAUUCGCGCUGCUUACUUGUAAAAUAGUUAACAGCGUCUUAAAUGGUGCAAAUUUUGCUACACGCCUAAAAUAGUAUUUUAAAUCAUAAUAAUACAACAAAAUUAAAUAAGGGACGAGCAAAAGUGGGUUAAAGAUCGGAAUUGCAAAUGAACAAGAACCUAGUUUUCGUUCUGAUCACCCUAUUACCCUCCCCCAAAUAAUUUUGUAAUAAACCGCAUUCAUUUAAUCAAUGGGAUUCCUUCCACGUAAAUCAGUUUAGCAUAGGAAGCUAAUAUUAGUAAUAUGGCGGAAAGCUUGUGGAGUUACUCGUGAAAAGUUCCUACAGAUCCCAUGUAAUCGGCCUGAAUUACUCACCUCCCCCCGUUUUUGUGAGGUAGAUAUAUGGAGAAACAAAUAGUUAUGUAGUUAUGGAUAUAAUUAGGACCUGGGUCUUUCAGAAUCGAUUUAGCGUGGCCAUUUAUUUACAGCGCAAAAAUUGUGCCCCCCACCUCCGCAACACACACUGCAAUCCUGACAAUCGGUGGUGACUCCCCCCCGCCAUAAAUGUGCUUAGGUUUGUGCUGCAAAACUGUUUAUUUCUUAAGAGCCCUGGAAACCCUGUAAUAAAAUAAAUAUUAAUAUACAUAUGAAUGGCAGAAGAAUAUUUUUUUAAAGUGUGGAUAAUUAUAACUGUUGACAUUCCAGGUGGUUAUAUGUCUGUCUUUGCAGGAUAUAAUCUUGUCCAGAUUUUGGAAGAAGGUUGGAGGGGGGGAGGAGACUUAAAAACAUAGAAAAAUAAAUUGCGCGUCUCAGGUGGUUAGAUAAAUUAGCCAUCAAGGUAGGCGUUGAAACAGGGCGACCAAAUUUGUCAUGCGAGGCUUGUCUUGACAGAACCGGUUUAAGGAUCACCAGAGAGGAAUUAGGGGGUUUUCUUAAUUGCCUUCCUUAACAAUUUCACCACAGCUCACAUACUAGGCCUCUUUAUUGGAAAGGGCGUUUCAUACAGUCAGCGAGCCAUCCUCUUUCGGCUCCCUGGAGCUGGGAAUAUAAAUGGCUCGGCCCUAUUAGAAUUCUGAGAGUUGUCUCAGGAAAUAAACAUUCACUGACCUUUCGGGUGCCCCGAUCCUCUGCAUAUUUACCUGGAAUGAUGUCUCAUUUAUUUCAGUGGGACCCACUUGGGUAUUAAGCUUAGGAUCUGGCCGUUAGUUGAAAAGAAGGCCCAUCGGCUUCGAAAUAAGGCUGCGAUCCUAAAUCCAGCCUGAUCCUGAGCGCCUGGUCAGAAGUAAGUCCCAGGGAACUGAGUGAGACUUCUCCCUUAAGUAAGAACCCACGGAUUGCACCCUUCAGUUGGGGGGGGGGAUAAGUUGCAUUGCAACGGGAAGCGUUUGCAAAUAAACGCGCUCAGGAUAUGGGUGAUGCUAUUAGGAUAUUCGAUUAUGGAUCGUAUUCGGAAUCUUCAAAAAAAAAAAAUGCUGUCGAUGGCGGUUUCCCCCUCUAAAAUCUUAACCCGCUUCUUAGUCAUAUUUAUUUAUCCGAUCCAGAUUUCUAAAGGAGGAUAAGCACAGGCUAAUAGAGGAGCACCAUUGAAAUGGGGGAGGGGGGUUUCAAAGGGGGAAAUUACCCAAACGAUGAUGACAUGCAAAUUUUCCACCCAAAUUAUCAUAAGUAAACACCUGAAGCCUGGACUAAUAAAAUCCCAUCUGUGUUACUUCAUAUCGAGUUAGUAGAGAGCGCUGAUAAUGAUUUUUGUAAUAUCUCCCGAACAGACAUCUCAAUCAGGCACUAAUCCUGAGAUUUUCCCCACCUUUAAAGAAGGGGGGGGGGACCCUCAGAAUUACUAAAACCCGCAGCUUCCAAAUGUGGCACCCCAGAGCUCUUCCGAAGGAGGCCUCCUGAGGGUGCCCUCCGUGUAAACCAAGCGGGGUGGGAACCCUGGCUAGGCGGUGGUCUGCGUUGGGGGACCCUCUUUUCCUCUCGCUCCGCGGGUCAUCAGCCAAUUCCCCUGAAGGUGUUUAGAACGGUCUUCGAAAUCCCUUCUACAAGAAUAGGACCGGGAGGUUCUGUAUACCUACCUGGGUGAAGGAGUCAGCGAGCUUAUCAUGGUCAAUUUCUCCGUGGCUACAGAGGGCCAAAACUCACGAUGUAUUGCACAAGCUCCGUCUCUGAUCGGGGUGAACUCAGCCCUCAUUUUAAGGGAAUCUCCUUCUUAAAUUCGGGGGCACCAAAAUUUCCGCAGAAUGAAAGUCCCUGGACUGCCCGGCACAGUCAUUCACGAGAAUGUCUUCUUUCUUUUUGAUUUUGUGUAUUUUUCUCUCAGUGGGGGGCAGGAGGUAAAUAUGCACACACACACACACACACACACACACACACACCCCCAAUGUCCCUGAAAAUAAACCCGGCCACUUUGCAUCCCGGCUAUUUUUCUAGAUUAGUUCUAUAGUGAGAGCGACGGAUAUCCAAAUUCCUUCUCCUCCUUUACUUAAAUGGUGGCAACUUUUUAAAAGUCGGACAAAAGAGGAAAGACCGCGCAGGCUUUAAUUUUCAAUUCAGGGAAGCAGCUGGUUGCAUUAUUUGAAUGGGUUUAGGCACGCCUAGCUCAGCAUAGGAUCGGGCUGCGCCUCAUUAAUUAGCUGCCAGCCCGAUCCUAACCCUGCAUUUACUGGGAAUUAAGUCGCGGGAAGUUUAGUACGACUUGCUCCCAGGUAAGUGCGCAACCUUAUGCGCCGGAUCCUCCUGUUUUCUCCUCGAUGUGUAGGAAGUGUCUGGGAUCGGAGCACCGGAAGUGCAUCCUAUUGAGUUUCUCUCGGGCCUACUUUUGCAACAAAGAAUUAAAGGGUCAGGAUUCUACAUCACCAGGGUAGGCCAGUCCCAUUGACAGCAGCGCGUCGCUUCAAAUUUGGCCAGUGAAGGUCCCACUGGUAGGUUAGUGAAACUGAACGAAGCUUUUUAUAGAGGAAGAAGGGUAAAUUCCAUUCAAAGACAUUUUCAUUAGACAAGCUGAGCAAAGCUAUUUUCUCUCUCUGUCUUCCCAGCAAGGCACAGAGUGGGUAGCGCCUAACUACAGCCACAGGUUUUUUUUUACAAACCUAAAGGAAGUCCAAUCCCAACACCCCUCCCCACAAUAAUAAUUCUUUCAAGUGUUUCUGAAUUGAGACGGUUAUGUCAAGUGAGAAAUAUCCCUAGAGGCGAAGGGCAUUACUCAGAUUCCACGCGUCAAAUGAUGCACAUUAAUUUACAUUAGUUUUGCAUUGAUGAGGAUGAGGAUAAUUGUGUAUUAUUAUUACUAUUACUAUUUUCUGCCUUAUAUAUUCUAUAGUGGGUCUUUAAACACCAAAACUGAGACACAAGGAAGAGGGAAGUUGAAUGGCCAGGUACCACAUUAAUUUUCUCCAAAACCAAAAAGCCCGAACCGCACUACUCAGUCAAGCCGACUCUCUUUGAGUUCCAGGAGAUGUAGUUCAAUCGAUUUUAAGCAAACAAACAAACCUCGAUUUUCCUGGACUGGGAGUCGGGACUAAAAAAAAAUCGCGUAGGGAUCUCCGCCCUCCCCUUCCUCUUGCCUUUAAAUGUCCAAAGAGGAAAGAAACCAGCAACACAAGCCUAACCAUAUUCCCCUCUCCGCCCACGAAGUUAAGUCCCACCGAAUGUGUUUAGGAUUGCAGGCACCUCCCUCCAACCAAACAUCUGCCGCCCCCCACUUUUCACCUCCUUUCUUCUCCAGUCCGGGGGGAAAAAAACGGAUGGUAAACUAGGCAACUGUUACGUGUUUUGUUUUGUUUUUCUUUCCUUUGCUUAAGAGUUCUUUUUAAGAGGCGCUCGGCGUCCUCUGUUCGCCCAGCCGAGCUGUCAGGUUGGUGGCUUCCUUCUGUGUGUCUUCUUAACGCCCAUAUGCAUCUAAUGUUUUGCAGAUAACGGGUUAUGGAGUCCAACUGUCGUAAACUUGUAUCGGCUUGCGUUCAGUUAGGUAAGAGAGAUAUUUCCCAUCGAUUUACACUUCGCAAGAAUGAUGUCGACGUGCGGUGUGCAUUUGUUUUGAUUUGUGGGUGGGUUGUGCUGUUGUUGUUGUUUUUUCCAGUCUGUUAAAGCACCUGGGUGAUGGGCGCGCGGGUGUAUGCAUAAUAUCUACCGAAGGAUGUCCUGGCAAAGAGGACCACCCCCAGUGGCCACUUCCAUCCCCAUCCCAUUUGCAGCCCGAUCCCUAAUCCAGUUGAGGGGGUGUCCUGUGGCCUUUUGGCUGUUUGCUGGAGCCCAGCUCCCAUCAGCCAAAGGCCAGGGGAGAUAAAAGUUAACCGAUUUCCGAAGAGCCAAAGGUUGCGUAAUUUAUUUAUUUUUUAUCACAGUAUUGCAAUGCUUCUGUGUUGAGAGUAGGAAUCGAGGGGUGAAAAUUCACUGAAGGGAUCGGGACUAGCCUGGCUUUCAGUCUUCGAACUCCGGCUUAGCUGGACUGUGGUUCCAGCGCCCUUGAGUUUCCUAUCCUAGCACCUCGAUUCGAGGCGUCCUGCUAGAUCCAGUGUUUUGAUUUCUGCCGCAGAGCUCUGUGUAAAGUCCAGGGUGCCCACUGGCCUGGCUAAGGCAGGCUCCUGGGGUGGCUGCUCCUGGUCCAAGGCAGAGAAAGCGGAGGAGCGGGGAGUCCCAGGGUUGGAUUGGGUUGGGGGGUAUGAGACGGGACUGCCCUUUUUACAAAAGUGUCCUAAGCGUGCUUGCUUUCCAAACGCACUUUCCCUAACUCGCUGUCUCUCUUUCUUUGUCCCCCUUCCGUCGCUCUCUCUGCCUGCUUGCCUGGCCUUUCCUUCUCCCGAUCCACGACCCUCUUUUUCUUUCUCUUUCUCUUCCUCCCUCUCCCUCUCUCUCAGGGGUACAACCUUCUGCUGUUGAAUGUCUUUUCUCCAAAGACUCUGAUAUUAAAAAAGGAGAAUUCAAUGAUUCUCCAGAGAGCAGGAAGGAAGCUUCUAGCAGCAAACUGUUCGGAAGGCAACACCCCAGCGCCAAUGGUGAGUCUGCCCACCCCUUUCUGGUCAGCUUCGCACUUGAAUCUAGCUUCCCCUAUCCCCCCCCCCCCCAUAUUCCCAUCGGUGUCUCCUAGGAAAGGUUGAUAGGUGCGAUCUUGUAUCACUGCGCCCAGUCGAACGAGAUUCAAGUUGCAACCACAAUGUAUAGCGUAUUGUGUGUAGGCCAGGAAAGCGGUGCGCGGGUGGGGCGGGGCACUUCUAUUGCUUCUGCCUUUUAAAGCUUUCUUUAGCAGCUGUUGGAUUCUACGCGGCCGCCCUGGUGAUGUUUGUGCGCCUCCCUGGCCCAAUCUCCCCUCUUUCUGUUUUAAUCGCCAGCGCUGCGCCUCGACCUAAAGGAAGUGCAACAGCGCCCUCUGCUGCUCAGGUCCAUGGGAACUGCGGGCAGCGCGGUCUGUGUGCGCGGUGGUGGGGGGGAAGCGGGUAAAUUCUGGACGAAAAGGCUUGUUUGCCAAAGUUAAUUUGGUUCGGGAUUUUCCGCGUGAAGGGUGUAACAAUUGUACUGAGCUUGUCUCUGUGGUCCCGAGGUGUUCUCGGUAAGCAGCAAUCCUCUCCCGAAGCAGGGGGCGAUUCCCCCCACCCCAAACAGCAGCCGCCUCAACCAAACUCCCAUACAAACUUUCACUAAAUUCAAGGCCGGGGCGUCUUCGCCUUAGACGUGUGGUGUUUGCAAAAGAGCAACAUGGCAACGUCAGAGAGCUGGGAAGGGCCGGAGGCAUCCGCGAAGGCGCAGUCAGGUACCCUUCGCUUGCUGCCUGACAUCAUUAGAAAAGCUGGCAUGUUCCUUUCCGAAACAGGAAUCGAGGCAGCUCAAUCCUUCUGAAUGUUUACUUGGAAUAUAUAUAUAUGGAACAAAUCCCACCCCACUUAAAAGAAUGAGCACCCACCCACCCAAAAAAGACCACAAGCAUAACUAGUAGCCUCUCAGUUAAGAACCAAAGACCUGGCGUGGAUGGGUUAAAUAAAAUGUUUUUGAUCUUUAAAAAGCCAUCAAAGGCUCCAGGCUUACAAAUGAGGUGCCACCACUGGAGAGACCCCAUACAAAAUGCUUACAAAAUAAUAGACCUUAGCUCACCACAACUCUCUGACACAAAGUGAGCUCUGCUUGAUUUUACUUGGAGCAGCUUAGAGCGAACGAGUUACACAGGAUCUCCCAGGCUAGAAAACAAAGACAUUGCGGUGCCAUGAUUUCUGCUUUAUAUGAUGCCAACCUAAUUUUGCUGGCAUAAGAUAUAGUAAUCUAAAUUAAUAUUAAAGGAGAAGAGACUAUGUUAAGAAUGUAACUUCUGUGAUAAACAGUUGCAUGAAGUAACAUAGACUCUCUCUAACGCACACCCACCCAAUGGUCAAUUGUUUUCAGUCGACAUCCACUGAUUUCCUAGACUCCGAUUGGAUACCAGUUCUUUUAACAUAGAAAACUGAAAACCUUGUAUAAUUUUAAAAGCUGGGGGGGGGGGGGGGAGAGGUUAGUUUUAAACUUUCCUCUUGAUGACCGGUAGGUAUAUCCCGUCAGAAACACGCAUUUUUCCACAAUUUAAAAUAAAAUACAAAACACAAUCCUUUAUAUGUCUACUCAGAAGUAAAUCCUGUUGACUUUAUUGGGGCUUAUACCGAGGUAAGUGGCAUAGAGUGGCCGCAUUGAUUUAAGCUCUGUGUAAUAGAUCAAGAUACGCUGAUACUACCACGCUUACUAUACCAUACAUACCACACCCAGUUCUUAUACCAACAUUACAAAACCAUCGCAUUUUCUGCAGUGAGGGGUGGGGUGGGAGAGAGCUACUUUAGAGUAAGGAUUCGAUGCUUUACAUCCUACUAUUGAAAUCAAGGUGUUAAAAUCCCGGUUUUGAUCGUGAUUGAAAGAUAAGACAAAGGCCUUCCUAGUGCACUUUUACUUGGAAGCAGGUCGGUUUUAUCUGGUGGUGAAAGACCCAUCAAUGAGUGAAAAGUCAUUUCUUCAAUUCAAGUAACAGGUGAUUACAGUGGUACCUCAGGUUAAGUACUUAAUUAGUUCCGGAGGUCCGUUCUUAACCUGAAACUGUUCUUAACCUGAAGCACCACUUUAGCUAAUGGGGCCUCCUGCUGCUGCUGCCGCGCCGCCGGAAUAAGAUUUCUGUUCUCAUCCUGAAGCAAAGUUCUUAACCUGAAGCACUAUUUCUGGGUUAGCGGAGUCUGCAACCUGAAGCGUAUGUAACCCGAGGUACCACUGUAUUAUAGCGUCCGUCUAUCAAGGGAAAUGAGAGUCUUAACGUUGGAGGUCACUUUUUAGGCUGCACUUGCACUUUGUUGUUGUUUAGUCGUUUAGUCGUGUCCGACUCUUCGUGACGCCAUGGACCAGAGCGUGCCAGGCACUCCUGUCUCCCACUGCCUCCCGCAGUUUGGUCAAACUCAUGCCGGUAGCCUCGAGAACACUAUCCAACCAUCUCGUCCUCUGUCGCCCCUUCUCCUUGUGCCCUCCAGUUUCCCAACAUCAGGGUCUUUUCCAGUGCACUUGCACUUACCUGAGAGUAACCCCCAUUGAGCCCAAUUUGGCUUACUUAUGAGGAGACAUGCGUAGGAUCGUGGUGUUGAGCGUGAUGUGAUUUGAGCUACACACUUGCUUGGGAGCGAACCCUAUUGAAUUCUGUGGGACGUUCUUCUGAGACAUUCUUCUGAGACAUCAGACUUAGAGGGUUGUGUCAUAUAUGGUGUCGUAGAUCGAUCGGAGCCCCACUGAAAAGGAGGACUCUGUUCUGUUUAAUAUAUUCAGAUGCCCAGAUGUGCCCCUCAGCGCCUGUAUUCGUGCCACCUUCAGAACAGAAUCUUUGAUUGCUGACUAAUUAAUAUAGACUCUGCUAAUUGGCCGCAUUUACGAACUGAGAUGAGGACCUUCUAAUUCCACGUGGAAACACCCGCUGAAAGAGAUCUUCCUGCGCUAUUCAGCCAAUCUGAAGGAGGAGCAUGUAGUCCGCCUUAAGUAAUUCCGGGAUGCUCCAUCAAACGCCAGUUGCACUGACAUCAAGCAAUCCGACUUCUGAGCGAGAGCUUAGAUUUGGAACCAUUUCCAAAUGCUUGGUGACCUUUUCACUCUUCUCGCUGAGAAACAAGUGGCUAUUUUUCUAACCGUUCAUUAAGAGCCUGGGGUUUUGUAUCUACAUGUUACAUUUCCUGCCCUGCACAAUGAUCCGUGAGUCUGUUUUUCACCCUCUGAAAUCAGAAGGGAAAUUGCUAUGUAAACAUAUAAAGACCAUUGGUGGGGCGGUGUUGUUGUUAAAACACACCGACACGCAAGUUUAGCCUACGAAUUCGAUUCAACGGCUGCCAUCCGAUACACGCUUACCUGGAAAUAAGUCCCAACUCAAUGGCAUUUUCGAGUAGACAUUCACAAGACUGCACUGUAGGCUGAUUUGUUGCAGUGGAAAGAGUGGCACGAAACCAGCUUCAGACCGAAUAUUUCGGCUGAAGUAAGUUUUGGGCUGUUCUGUCCUACCUAAGGAAUCCAUUGGCCUUCACGGUAUAAUAGUAAUGCUAUCUAUUGGCCUUUGGUACAAUGGAUUCUCAAUGGUGACCACCUUCAUAGCGGAAGGGACCGGCCAAUGUGUGGAGAUGACAGAACUAAACCGAGCAGCCAGAUCCUUUAAGGCAUGGCUAGGCAAAAGGUAGAUCCGGAUCGACGGUCUCUGGGCGACUUGCAGUAGAUCGCCAAGGAUUUCUGAAUUAACAACAGAUUCUGCUGGUGGUGGUUAUUGUUUUCAAAAUUAGGCUGGUGGGGGUAAGGAAGUUUGGGAAGAAAACCUGGAAUGGAUUUGUGUGUCUAUGGAUGGGGACCUCAGUUCUGACGCUGAAAACAAAGUCCUUGGCUGAGAUGCACCCGGGGCGCCCUGUUCCUUAAUGAACAUAGCACCUCUCGUUCUGGGUUGCGAAGAGAGAAAGGAGCUCCCACAAACCUGAAGUGAGAAAGUUUGACGCAAAUGUUUAGCUUUGAUUGCCUUUUAAGUAAGUGAGAUUAAAGUGUGUCCUUUUCACCUGCCACACCCCCCCACACACACACCAGCCAUGCUUAAGAGCAGACACCAUCCCCAAACGCUCUUUCCCAGAGAAAAGUCCCACUGAUUGAGGACUGGAAAGGCUUGGCCAGCUUAUUAAAUCCUUACUCCCAAGUAAACGAUUUUCAGAAGGGUAGCUGUGUCACUCUGUUAAAGGGAAAACUACGCCUAGUCUUGUGGCACGUCGAAGAUCUCCUCAAAUGUAUUCAUAGAUUUUCUAACUCUAGACGCGUUGGGCUUCAACUACAAAAGCGCGGGAUCUGCCAGGAAGGUCUCCUGCGCAAGCCCCAUUGAAAUGAACGGGGGCUCCACCAGAGCAGGAUGGCCUGGCCUAACAACUUCUUUUUCUUCUUUGGCAUCACUCAUGGCUGAGUAAGAUUGUCUUCCAUGAACAUGGAAGUGAGUCCGUAAAUGACUGUGGAAGCCAAUUCUGGAUCCACACCUCCUUCUACAGUGGGGAAAUAGGGGUUUGGGGUUUUUUUGGGGGGGGAGUUGAUAACGGUGAGGGUUUGCCAAACGUGCCUUUCCCUUGGCACGUUUCUCCCUUUCGUUCUGAGUUCCAGCAUCUUCAAAGUCCAUGUCACCUUUGGUAAAAAGCCUGUUCUCCAAUCGGAGCGCUCACAAGGCCAGCAUUUCCCAGUUGUCGGCAUUUAUGCUACUUUUUUUAGGUUUGCCUUGAGAGAGUCUUUAAACCUCUUUUGUUGGCCGCCAGCUUUAUGCUUUCCAUUUUUAGGUUCGGAAUAGAGUAGUUGCUUUGGCAGACGAUAAUCAGGCAUCCGAACAACAUAACCAGUCCAACGAAGUUGAUGCUGAAGAAUCAUUGCUUCGACACUUGUGAUCGUUGCUUCUUCCAGUACACUGGCAUUAGUUUGCCUGUCUUCCCAAGUUGCCUAGUUGCCUCGUUGUCUAGUGCAACGGGACUUGGAUAUGACUGGUGUUUUUGCCAGGUGGGGUGGUCUCCGUUCAUUUCAACCCUGCUUCCCGGCUGAUUUUGGAAAGAAGGAAUGAGUGGAGAUUAUCUGGAUCGGGUUUUGAGUCCCUCAGUAAAGAGGAGUGAAUUGUCAGUCGUCUGGAUGUCUCUUUUCAGUUCGCUUCUUGAAACUUCCUCUGCAAGGUAGUUUUGUUAAAGCCAGCACAACCCUAGGCACUGCAGAUUAGGGCGUUGAAAAUGCGAGUAUUUAUUUAUAUUUUAACCCACAAGUCCUGGAUGGUUGAUGGAAAGCAAGAAGCAUUUGGGGGGUAGGUGCUUUUAAAAAAACAACGAAAAUGCUUGCAUAAACUUCCGGUUAAAAGUUUGUAGCAUUUCCCAGGUAACAGUAACAUACCAAGUUCAUCUAUUGACUUUCCGAAAUGAGGGCAACAUGGUAGGGUUUUUUGUUUGCUUGUUUUAAAAAGGAUGUAGUCAUUGUUUAAAACCUAUACAUAUCUACUCAGAAGUAAGUUCCCCUGAGUUCAAUAGGAUUUACUUCCAGGUAAGUAGGUACAGUAUGCCAGCCUGUUCCUGGUUAAUUCAUGCGUGAUAGGCUAAUUUAAUUCAAUUAUUUGUUUACUGAAGUGGGGGUGUUGAAUUAGAUACAUAUGCGAAAUCCAAUUAAACUGAAGUAGAUCCGGGUUUCAUUUAGUUUAACCCCAACACCUCGGCUGCGAUCCUGAAAGUCGGUUCUUGCAUAAUAAUAGAUCAGUAUGUCAGAUAAAUAAUAGCCUCUUUCAGGCGUGUAAGAUGCACUUCUGUGUGAACAUUCGUGGUAGCGGAAAGCAAGUUCGACUGGCUACAGUGGGUCUAUUUUCCGAUUAAAGGUGUAGAGGAUCUGGGGCCCCUGUGUAGUUUUUCGAUCCCAUAGGAACAGCCCUGUCUGUCCACAUCUCGCUGCAGGAAGACUAUGUGGCAUUUCCGUCACCCGCUUCCUAGGAAGCAAGCAGCACUUUGCUUAAAUAUGAGCCCGGCAGAAGCUUCAUCAAACCUUUCAAGGCCAAGUCAAGGAAGGGCCGUAGUUCGGUGGUAAUACUUUUGCCUUGCAUGCAGAAGGUCCCAGGUUCAGUCCCCGGCACCUCCAGGUUAGGGCUGGGGAUGACCCUUGUCUGAAAGCUUGGAACCUCCCUGUCAGUGAAUGUGGACAAUGCCGAGCUAAACGGACCGGUGGUCUAAGGUAGCUCUAUCCCUAGGGCUAGACAGAUCAGCUGGAGGAGGGAGUAUAGCAGGGCUGAUCCCUGAAAAGCGGCAUAUAAGUCUCAGGAAAAAACAAAUGCAUACCUUCAAAGUUUAGCUAAGGCCAAACACUUAGUUAACAGCAGCAGCAGCAACUACAACAACAUUAAAUGGGGCCGCAGUGUUAUUAUUUAGGCAAGGAUCUGACAGAUUAAUCGAGUUUUAGUCACAGUGAUCCACUAAAAAUAUGCCCUUCUUAAUCAAUAGACCUCCGUUUUAAAACUUUUUAAUUAUUUUAAAUACAAGUAUCAGCACCGUCUUAAGGGAGGCAUUGUGUUCCUUGUGAGAGGGACUCUAUUCUUCACAUGGGUCCAUCAUUUAAAAAAGCAAACAUCGUUGCUUUUUUAAUGUAAAGCCAUUGCUUUUUUUCCCCGUAUGAAGAUUCAAUGGUUGCAUUAGUCGAUUAGUUGACUGAAAACAUGCGACCAAUCGAUUAGGAUUUGCUUGAUAAGUGAUACCCGUUGUUCACUAAUUUUUAAAGCCAAGCACAGCCAACGUUGUACCCCUUUCCAACGCUGUAGUCCUAAUGUACAAAUACCUCGGAGUCAUUGUCCUGCAUGUUCCAUUGAUUUCAGUGGGGAAAACUUAUUCUGUGUUCAUUCAGCUCAGUGCUGUCUACACUGAAGGGAGCCUGUGGCGCAAUGGGUCAGGGUGGGUCUGACUUGUAAACAGAAGGUUGGUGGUUCGAGCCCACCCAGGGACAGGGCAGGAUUCCUGUGUUGCAGAGGGUUGGACUCGAUGACCCUCCCCCGCCAAUCCCUUCCAAUUCUACAGUUUUAUGGUUCUAUGAGUCUCCGGGGCUUCAGACAGGGGACAUCGCCAGUCCUACCUGUAGAUGUCGGGCAUUGUAUCUGGGACCUUCUGCAAGACUGAAGGCUCUUCCUUCCACAUUCCAUAUUCAGCACAUGCUGAAUAUUUCUUCCACUGAAAUCUGUGUGGGGUCUGCCACCUAACGAUGUCCAUGCCUACUAGGAAGUUAGUCCCACUGAGAUCAAUGGCGCUGGUUCCAGUUCUUCUAACGAGGAAGAAGAAGAAGAGUUUGGAUUUGAUAUCCCGCCUUUCACUUCCUUUAAGGAGUCUCAAAGCGGCUAACAUUCUCCUUUCCCUUCCUCCCCCACAACAAACACUCUGUGAGGUGAGUGGGGCUGAGAGACUUCAGAGAAGUGUGACUGGCCCAAGGUCACCCAGCAGCUGCAUGUGGAGGAGCGGAGACGCGAGCCCGGUUCCCCAGAUUACGAGACUACCGCUCUUAACCACUACACCACACUGGCUCUCUCUCCACACAACGAGGACUUAGAAGGGCUAAAUUCUGUCUCAAGGGUACCCAUUCAAGGGCGGGGGAGGGGGACGACGGGACACUUAGAUCAAGAAGACUAUCAAAUCAAUAUUGCUAUGAAGCUCGGGGCAGGUUUACAAUCCAAAUACGCCUGACCUGUGGAACCUUUUUCGGAUCUAGUGAACAGGAAAGAACUGGAGUCGCGUGUCGAGCCCUUUUCCAGGGAGCAAGUUCCAUUCAACUCAGUGGGACCUACUCCUGGAAAAAAAGCGUGUUGGGGAUUGCUCUGUCAGCCGUCGUUUUCUUGAGGACUCGGAACCCAUCGAGUCAACAUUUCGUUUAUUUCUUAAAAUAAAUUCGAUGUCGCUAUUCAUUCCCGGAAGAGUUUCAAAGUGGUUCACAUUCCACAACGCAACAAACUCCAGCGUCGUGGGAAAGCACGUCCUCGUUAUAUGUGAACCCUGCUUCCCACGCAAAGUUGGUUUACAAAGCGGCUUCCAAUUAAAAAUUAAAAGUGACAGUAUAAGUGUGUGAGCGUGCGUGUGUGUGUGUGUGUGUGUGUGUGAGAGAGAGAGAGAGAGAGAGAGAGAGAGAGAGAGAGAUAUCAAAAAUAAAUCUCGUUGAGUCAGUGGGACUUGAUCCCAGGUAAGUGUACACAGGAUUGCGGCUGCUCUCUAAUGCGUGCGUGCCUAGGAGAGGAGGAGUUGGGCGGGGGGGGAAUCCUUGCAGCUCCUUGACCUAGCUCUGCUUUGUUGUUUGUCUACCGGGAUGGUCUGGCUGCACUUCUGAACCCCCUCGCUUGGACAUCCAUCCCACUGAACCCAGGGGGACUCGCUUCCAAGGCGGCGGAUGAGGCUAUGUAUCUUGUAGUGCAGUUUCAAAAGGACUGGGGAGGUACAGGCAACCAUAGCACAACUACGAGCGUCUUCAGGUUGCUCUGAACUGUAUACACCGUUUACUCGAAUAAAAGACCUCUAAGAAGUUUGCCAUAGUUUGCUAGAAGAUACUCUCUCAUUCAUUUCAAUGUUACGUCUUUCCUCCAGCAAGCUCUCUAGGUGGCCGACAUGGUACUUCCCUUGCCCGUUUUAUCCUCACAACAGCCCUGUGAUGUAGGCCAGGCCAACUGGCUUCUUCACAAGGAAUGGGAGAGGAGCAAAAUGUAUUGGGCUGACUCCACAAAAGUACAUAGAUUAAUGUGAUUCAUCAAGCUGGAGUUUUAAGCCUGAAUAGCGGCCGAACUGCUAAAUCUGAACAGGGAAUCCGAGUUUAAUUAUCUGCUACGUUAAUACUUCCCUAGUUAUGGCACGCUUUGGUAUAUUAGGUAAAUAGGGAAGCGAUGCCUAUCCAAACUACAUCUCCCAGCAUCCCUGAUUAUUGGCCAUCCUGGGUGAAACUGAUGGGAAUUGGAGUCUAAUAUCUUGAGGUUCACAUGUUCCCGUGAGUGGCAGUAGCCAAUCAGAUGCCUCUCAAAAGCUCAAAAUAAAGUUGAGAAGCCAUCUCUUGUUGGGUUUUCUCCAACACACCUGUUAAUCAGUGAUAUACUGCACCUAACCAUGGAGUUUCCACCUCACACCGACUUACAAGGCUGUUGUGAGGGGGCGGUGAAAUCAGAUGACAGAACGAAGCGUUUUUGUACGCAUGAAAAGUGCUUCGGAUAAUACUGCUGAUAAGAUGACGGUGGUGAUGAAAAAGCCCAAUUUCAUCAUCUUUCUUUGGAAUUUAUUUAAGGAACCGUUGUGCAGGGAGGAAAAGCCGUACACCUGACGCUAAGAAGAGUGGAGCGUAAGAGACUAGAUUUAUUUUACUUUAUUUUCGGCUUGAGAGGGAUCUUCCGAGAGCAAAGCUCCUGGAGGAUUUGCAGACGAGGCAGGGAGGGGAAGUCAGGAGGAGAAUGGGGGGAAGAGAGGGGCGGGUGCUCCUAUUUCUAACUCGAAACCUGUCCGCUGUGCUAAAUAACACGCAGACUUGCCCACAUAUCCGUCCCCACCCGGGAGAGCCUGAUCCCAUCUCCCCAGGCCAGCUGUUCCGAAAUCGAGUCCAAUGUCGCCUUCCAAUACUACUCCAAAUGGAGAUAACAAGUUACCUUUGCUUUCUCUCUCUCUCUCUCUCUCUCUCUCUCUCUCUCACACACACACACACACACACACACACACGUCGCCGUCACCGGACCCUAAUAUAUGCAGCAGUUGCCAGAUCGACUGCGGGUGGAGGGAAGGAGCAAUGUAUAACGAAAGCUUUAGCCGUGCGCAGGAAUAUACUAAUGGCACAAUCUGAUGCCUCGUUAAUCCUAUGUAAAAAGCUCUGUCGCCUUCCCAAUAUUGACUGAAUGGGUAAUUAAUGGCUCUUCAUCUAGGCGAAUAGUCGGUAAUCCGAGGCAGGCGAAAGACAACAAGCCAAUGGGUUUUAAAAAGAGAAAGAAAGACAACGACAACAGGUCUAUCCAGAGGCUCUGCCCGAGCGCCAACCGAGUCAUUUUGCAGAAGUGCAGACCCGGGCGCUUUAGUGAGAUGGAAAUUGGUGGGAAGCUCAUCUGCUCCAGCAAAAAAGAUUUCUUUUUUUACUUCUCCCAACCAGUUACCUCAGGAUAAAAUGGCUGGAAUUUGUUUUUUAAUUUUUAUUUUCUCCCUACAGCGGUUUCAAGAGAAAACUGGUUUUUCCCGGGUGUAGAAUGGGGAGGGGGGGGUCUGUAAGCACAGAGAAACCCAGUCCCUAUUUAUUCCAGAUUGAUUAGUGGUCCACUAUGGGAUGCUAAAAAGCCUGUUGAUCUAGAAGGUGCAGAUUUUGUUAUUACAGAAUUCUAGAUCUUGUCAAAUUAAAAUUUGCCUGGCCGAAUCAGAGUAGUAAUAGGCCCCAUUUGCUCUCCCUUGGGUCCAUUGCCGGAUCAAGGAUGGACAACCUUGACCAGGGACCAUAGUAAAUGUAUCCGGCCAGAGCAGACGCUACCAAAUUUUAACCAAGGUGAGAUUAAAAAAGAAAGAUAGUGGGCGACCUCGUUCAAGUUGUAAGAAACCUGAAUACUAUUACAUAUUUUGGGUGCUGGAUGCAAUGGCCUGAGGAUGAGUGAGCAGGUGUGCUCCUGUUUUCUGCAUCUCCGUUUCAAAACAUCUGAGAUGAACUCAGUUGUUGGGGCAGGGUUCCCCACGACUUGCUUACCGAAGAUUCAUAUUGAUUUGUUUGCGGGGAGGUUAGACGACGUUGCCUAUUUAGCGAGCAUCCACAGUGAUUUGUAUGAGAGAAGAUUAGACAACUUUGCAUCAAUUUACUAUCAUUAUUUAUUUCGCAUUUAUAGUCCACCUUUCCUCCAAAGGGUUCGAGGUGGCUUCCCUUUCCCUACAUGAUCCUCACAAGAACCCUGUGAAGUGGGUCAGACUGAGAGGCAGUGGUUGAGCCAAGGUCGCCCUAGUGAGUUUCAUGGUUGUUGCGGGUUUGAACAUUGGCCUCCCAGCUCCUAGUUCGAGACUCUAACCACUACAUCACGCUGCCUGUCCCACACUCUCCAGUGCAUUUCUCCGUCGCUUCCUUUGGAAAUCCCGUCUUUUUUGGGGGUGGGGAGUUUGGGUCCAACUCUAAUUGCGCAGCCAGAAUUUGCCGGUAUGUGAUUGAACUCCAUUCGAAAAUACCGACAGCGCCCUCCGUGUGUUAAGGUUGGACACUAUGCUGGACAGUUGAUGUGAGCCAUCUCUGGCAAACUGAAGAGGAAGUCCGCAAGUCCCACCAGGUUGGUGCACACACGUUCCAGAGGGAAGUCAAUGGACUCCGUUUAGGGUUCAGAUGCUCAGGGCUAGAUCCACCAAUCUGUGAAUAACUUUUCUGAGCGCAAAGAGCGGGAUAUUUGGCAUGCUGAGAGUGGCAGAGGGGAACAUGGCUGCGCACACGUAAGGCUUCUUCUUAAACAGACUGUGGAGCGAGAGAAGCAGGAAACCAGGCGGGGAGGAACUCCAAUAACCAAUGCCUCCGAGACCCACUGUGUGCGGCUAAUGUUGCAGCCACAGAGUGGAGAUGCAGGUUAUCGGGCAACUCUGAGCUAAUCGGUCCGAUCUACCUCACAAGGCUGUUGUGAGAUAAAAAGGCCGUUUGGAAACGCGUGGGUGGGAUGACCACUAAAUAUCAAGGUAAUGAUAACCUUUUAUUGAUCCAAGAUAUUUCAACUAAUAAUAAUAAUAAUAUAAUAAACAACUAACACCAAGUGGUUGUCGUCGUCGUCGUAACAGUAGCAACGGUAGUAGCGGCAUUUAUUCUAUUUAAUAACUCUUCUCAUUGGUGGCAGUGGCCUCCCUUGGUCAGAAGGCCGAGAUAUAAAUGUAACAAACAAACAAAUCGCAUUCCAUUUCAGCAUUAUCGUUAAGAAUAUUUAUUCCAUUUGUUUGUUUAUGAUGUUGUUCCAGUUGUAGCAGCAGCAAUUCCAGUAGCAGUGAUAGUAUAAAUGGACCAAGGAAAUGAGGGGUGAGAGAAAGAAAGGAGAACGAAGUACCGUCUUGCGCCUCCUUCGCUACAGUCUUUUCAGAUUUCAAGUGGGCUCUACGGAGGCAGAGCGGGGUGGGUGGGUGGGGCAAUUGUAGACAAUUCUGAAUCGCUCUGGAAGCGUUUAGGCCCCAUGGCGUCAAAGAUUCUGGCAGAUCCUUCCUGGUAUUCUGGUAUUCUCUUCCCUCUUGUUUCUUCAAAGGCGCGUGCAAACGUUGUGUUCGUCUCCAACCUGAUGAAGUGAUGCCUGCUGCUAUAGUCGCGAUGGCUAAAUGAUAUCUCACCUCCAGGAAAAGACGGCUGGGAAGAACAGCGGUUAAUGGAGGGCUCUGGCGCUCAGGUCCUGCUUAGGCGCUCCCUAUAAACACCCAGCUGGCCGCUGAGGGAUAGAGAAUGGUGGUCUGAGCAGGCCUUUGUUCUGAUCCAACGGGGCUCCUCUUGUAUCUUCUUAUAUCUUGAUUCCAUAACUCUAUUCCUAAUUGGUUAAUCAAUUAAGAACUACAACAACUCAGAAUCCUGAUACUGGAACCUUUGCUUACUGAUUUCUGGCGAUCUUCGUUCGUAAAGUAUAGGGAAACCCAUAGGAAUUAUUUCAGGACAAUUCUAUUGUCUAUUAGAGAACUCAACCCACAAACCGGUUAAGACGUAGUAUUAGACUUUAAGCCGAAUCAAUGGAACUAAUCCGGUUUAAAUCCUAACACUUCAGUUUAGCUAUGCAUCCCUUUAUGGCCAAAUGCUUGCCUUACUGGAGCGUAGCUUCUGCUUCAAAAUGAUCGGCUGAUUCUGGGGGCUAAGUCUCUCGUAUACCUGAAUUUACUCUGGAUUUUUAAAUUGGCUUUUUGCUUCUUUAAAACAUAGGGGACGUUGUCUCUUGUGCGGUUUAUUAACCACAGUCGCUUAAGAAUAUCAUUGGUUAUCACUUAGCUAUGGUUAUAAGUAUCCUAGAAAAUCGAAGUGUCAUUGAAAUAUCACUGAAAGUAUGAGAUUUGUUUCCAAGAAACAACGUGGUUACCAAAAUGUAGCGCUUGGAAGAGGGUGCGAGACAGACCCCUUGAUUAUCAACCGGUGGUGAGGGAAUAUUUAAUUUAAUAAGGCAAAGAUUGUCACCAGAUGAAGAGGUGAGAUCUAAACAGACUCCCGUUUCGAGUUCAGCGUUUGAAUGGUCAUUUGGAUGGAUGGAUGGAUGUGAGUCUUCGCUGGCCACAAAGCAAGGAACGCACCCUGGUUUCCCCAAAUUUAUUUAAAACUGUCAGCGUUGUACUUGGCAAGCAGUAGUCAUUUCCUUCUUGCUGUUAAAGAGUCAAGUAAUUCAGUCGGGUAUGGCAGUCGAUGCUAAAGGCGGGUUGGAACAGAAACGAGGGUAAACUUAUAGAACUGGAUGGAUCAUUUGCUAAGCGCAACGUGCAACUGCUGGACAUUGUUGCAUCCAAGGCCACAAGAUGUUCCUACUUUAAAGAAACUCACCCUAUAUUUGUUGACUCAAAAGGGUAAGAAUGUAUAGGAUUGCAGCCGACGCAACGGCCAUCGGGAAAUUAUCCUGAACUCUGCUCAUUGCCAGGAAUCGGACUUGAGCAAUGUCUGAUGGGUCUUGUGCAAGAAAGUCCUAGUUUAUGGAGGGGGGUGGUAGCGCAAGAAAACGCCGCCUUGUUCCUGCCUUAGGUUGCAAUCUUACGCACAUUCACCAGGAAAUACGUUCUAGCGAAUACUGGACUGCCUCCCCCGCCCCCGUCUUCACGUCCUGCUCAGGAAUAGAGCGAUAAACAACUCAGAGUGCAAGGAAUGGUGUGGGACUCGAGAGAGGGCAGAUUUUGUUGGGUUGGUCGGAUGAACAAACAGUUUAAGAAAUCAGAACAGUUUCGCUCUUUCUAGCGUAAGAGUAGUCUCCUUUCUCUUUCCAAAACCAAAGGUUGGCUUUGGCCAGUCUGAACUACAAAACAAAACUCUGCCGACCGACAGGCCCUGAGCUAGCAUUGGAUAAAAGGAAAGCGGCGCCACACACCUCUCGCGAAAAACACACUUUUCUGUCCCAGAAACCUCCCCUACGGAAGCACAUGUCCCCUAUGAGCACCUGCAGAUCUUGUCCUGAUUCCUUAUCUAGAGAGAGCAGCCCACAAGUUGUAGUGAUGGCCACCAGCUUGGAUGGCUUUAAACGGCUAUUAAUUCACGGAGGAUAAAGUUGCCAGUGGCUAUGAGCCACAAUGGUCAUCUUCUGUCUCCUCUGUCGGAGGCAGGAUGGUUGUGAAUAUCAGCUGCUGGGAAGGUCCUGGAAGGAGACUUCCAGCAGACAUCUGGUUGGCCUGAACGAGCUACCCUACUAGAUGGGCCAGUGGUCUGAUCCACCAGGAAUUUUCUCAUGUUUGUUUUGGAGGUACCACUUUAGAUCUUGCCCACAGCUGGGGAUGGACCAUGCCUCAAUGGCAGAGUACUGCUUACGUGAAGAAAGUCCCAGGUUUCAGGUAGCAUGUGGUGUGAAAGCCUGAAACCCUAAAAAGUAAACAGUCGUGGACUGGAUGGAGCAAUGAUCUGACUCAGCAUAAGACAUCUUUGUUUGCGUCUAUAACAGGUACAUUCUCGGUGAAGGUAAUUCACCUUGGUCGGUGGGUGGUUUGUGAGUCAUGCAAACGCUAUGACACAUAUUUUUUACAGUCUUUAUGUUUAAUUUUGUUUCUGUUUAAUAUUGUUACUUAUGAAUUCCCUAUCGAUUCACACACCCCAUUUAUUUUCUCGGUCUUUUCCAGAACACCGCCCCCCCCCCCAAGGCUUUUGAGUAGAGCUAGCAUCUAAGGCCCAGCAUGGAAGAAUCUCCCAGAUAAGUCCCGGAGAAGGUGCAUCCCUAACUAUCCCAGCAAGACGAAACCUGGGCAGUUUUCAUUUAGGGAAACGCCCAGAUAGUCACACAACAGCCCACUUGUUCCUUGCAAUCUGCCUAGGUCUCAUUCUGUAGUUUACUUAUCAGAACAGUUAAUCCCGCUUUGACCCAUUUUAAACACAUUGACUUGGAAGUUCCCAUUGAUUGCACUUGAAGGUUCUUGGAAGGCAGUUCCAUCGAAAUCAAUGGGAUUUGCUUCCUAACAAUUCUGUUUAGGGUUGGGUUGUUGUUUUUAUGCGGCUAAUCAUUGUCUUCUACAUUACCCAAAAAUACACGCACUUCUCUUUGCUUUAGCUCAGAGCACACAAAUUCUCCUCUGACCUCCCUUGCCAAGCAAAGGUGUUUAGGGCGGUAUACGAAAUGGGGACGGAUAGAAAAGAUACCUCAAACACCUGAGCAUAUCCUAAUCGCCUUCCUAUGGACAUAUAAGGUCCAUUAGCCAAACUCUUCGUUUGUGUUUUUAUAUCUUUAUGAUUUCUGGACUCCAGGAGCAAGGUGCAUAUUUUUUGCUUGCUUAAAACGCUGGAAUGGUUCCUUAACGCAUUUUUUAACUGCGCAUCUGCACACGGAAGCUAUUUUCGGGUUAAGAGGCUGCAGUCCUAUAGCAACUCUUCCUGAGAGUAAGCCCCACUUACUGACAGGUAGACAUGGAUAGCAUACUGCACUUGAAAUGGAUCUUGUCGAGAGGGCAAGGAGGGGCUGUAAUCCGCUUUAGGGGGGUAGCAUUCCGAAUUUCUUGAAACGGGAUCAAAGUGCUGAUCUUGUCUAUAUGGGAACAGACAUUCCAGGCUAUCGUCCAUUUCCUUCCUCUCUCUCCCCAAUCCCGUCCAGCUUGCUUUGCAGCGAAGGUGGAGGAAGCUUCCGCCCUGUCUCCCAGGGUAGGUCUUGCCUUCCCAUCCUCGCUCGCCGCGCCUGGAGUGGCUGGUUGCCUCCUGCAACGGCUUCCAUUGAUUCAGAAGGGCCUCAGGGGAUUUGCGUGGAGUGUGAACCCCCCAGUCGCCCCCGGGAGGUUAAGCAGAAACCGGGAUAUGAUUAGUAAACAAAUUGUGCAGAAAGGCGCUGGAUUCUUAUUGACUUACUUAUAGGUCAUCUGCUGCCGGUGCUGUGGGAAAAACUAUUUACUUUACACAUAUACUUUAUGAUCUUGGGGGAAUUAGAGGAAAUUCAAUAAGAAAACGGCUAGAAUCGUUUAAAAACCCCUAUUUAAAAGACUUAAGGAAAUUAGAGUCUUAUCAGAUUAAAAUCCACUACAAAUGUAAGAAUAUUGUCUCCAUCGAAACGCAGUGGGGUCUAAGGAAAGCGGUGGAGGGGAGAGACAGAGAGGGAGCGCCUUUGUCAAAUCGCAGGGAUAAACCACGUCAUUUAAACACCGGGAUAAUGAGCAGAAUGUAAAUUAAUUUGACCUUCUUUACCAACAGACUGCUAAAACAAUACGCAGACUAGUUUAGCGGUCUCGAAGCGAAAUGAGGAGGGAUGAGAUGGAGGCAGAGAAUCCAGAGGACCACCAUUAGUCUGGAGGAGGGUGGUGGUGAUAUUGGGGAUGGUUUGCAGAGUCCCCCUCUCAGCCAAGCUGGGUGCUUUUUAUCUCCACAAUUUGGAGAAUGGAGGCAUUUGGACCAACUGCGCCUUAGCUUGUCCAAAAGCCUUCUGAGAUGAGCUAAGGCGGGUUUUAGCGAUACCAUAUGGAAGCUUCAACCUCGCCGUGGCCCUCAGGAAAAUUAAACCAUGGCAAAGGAGUACUUCUACUCGGGAGUAAUCAGAGUUGAUAACUGCGAAUAUGGAGUCAAGAGAGGUAGUUAUUUCGUAUUAACAAAUGUGGGAGGGCAAGAUUGUGAUCUGUUGUAUGUAUGCGGUGCUUAGAUGAUUCUUGGGGCUAGGGAGAAAUUUGGCAAAGUGCGUAGCACUGAGGAAUCCACUAGAUCGGAUGUGUUUUCUAUCAUCUUCUAACUAUUUAGGCUUUGGGAUUAAUUCUCUCUUCCUGUGUCGGUAUAACAGCCUCCGUCCUCUCUCGGGAAUCUCUAAUCUAAAUGGGCAUUCUGACCAAGCAAAGGAUCCCUCAGCAUGGUUAACAAAAUUUCUGUUUCCAACGAUUCUGUUUUCGUUCCAGCAAAGAUUGUACUAUAUUGUCACACUUUAAAAAACCAAACCCGAAGAAUAUUAGCAAAUCCCGCAUGCAGAGCGCGAUAGGAAGCUCAUACAAGGGCAUUGUUUGUACUGAAUUGUCUUAAUUAACCUAACUUUCUCUCUCGCUCUAAUACAGAUAGAUGGAUGGACAUUUAUUCUUGUGCGUAAGAAUAUAUCAAAGUCCUUUUAUCGUCAUGGCAAAAAUGUGACAUUGUGCGUGUGGGGAAAAUAAUUCCGGGAGAGAGAAGGAACGGAAGUUUUCCUUAUUGGGGAUGCGAUAGUAAAGAACGAAUUCUGAAGACAUUUAUUGGGAAGGGGCUCCAAUGGUUUUAAAUAACGCUUACCUGGGGUUGCGUUCCAAAGGAAUCCACCGUGAGACUUGUGGUGGGGUUGUGUUAGUGCCUCAAAUCAGAGUUUAAACAAGGAUCAAAUUUAACCUAGCAUAUCGAUCGUAUAGUCUAUUUAUAUGGUUUUCACUUAAUAUAAUUUACAUUGUUUAAAUUAUAUAUAUAAAGGGUCCUCUUCUCCAGUCCGUCCCCCCCCAAUAGCGUUUGAAUAAAUGUAUGGAUGACAUUAUAUUGGCAUAUUAAAAUAAACGGAGGAUAAUUUAAUUUGGGGGGUUAUUUUAACUGAAAAUAAAGAAAAUGAUGGGACUGACCGCGCGAUGUUAUUGCACGUUUAUUUCAAAGCAAGCCUUUUGGACUUCCCACGGAACUUUCCCCCAACUUUUCCCCAAUAAUUGGUUUGCAAAUUAAUAUGCUUAGGACUGAGUUACAAAAUAAGAAAUAGAAAUAUAGUUUAAUGGGUUCUUUGAUUUUUUUUAAAAAAUAAAAAGUAUUGAAUUUGAAUGAAAAUUUGCAUUCAUGUAUAUAUUUUUAUUACGUUUAUAUAUCGCCCUUUCAAAUUCUGUGGGUGGUAUGUAUAGACAAUUGAAAAACUGGCCGUCUCUCUCCAUAUAUCUUACUUUGGACUAGUAGUAAUUCAUGUUUUCCAAAAUGGAAAUUUUAAGCGGUCGUGUUUUGUGUCGGUGUACAUGGCAUAUUUCCCGAGUACUUUUUCAUUCGUGACUGCGAGCCGUUCAGACACUUGCCGCCUUAAGAGAUGUGCUUUCCUCACGCUUCCAGCCGGCAAGUCUGCUUUUAAGGCUUGCCACGGGCUUGGUGGCGCAUUUAUUUUUUAAGAUUUUCUCUUUAAAGUGCGAUUUAUUUUCUGAGUCAUUAAGACGAAGCUUCCGAGGCAGGAGAAAGAGUCUUCUCAAUGCAGCAAAAACUGUCUCUCCCGGAGAGUUAGGUGUCGGUUUUCUAGUCAUUUUAUCAAAGUUAUUUGUGGGGCAUAUCUAGCUGUCUCCUGAUGUUUUAAAAAAGUAAGAGUUGGAAAGCGUUCUGCAAAUUACAGACGCCUUCAGAAUAAAAUUGUGUUUGUGAAUAAUCAUAAUAAUAUUGCUUCCAUAGGAGACGACUUUCCUCGUUCUUAUUUUAUACCUCCCCACUUUGCUCCCUUGCAAUGCAAGGCUUUGAGAGAAGACCUGACUGGAAGAGCCGUAGGGGAGGAGGGGGAGAGAAGAGAGCAAGACUUUUAAUUUAGCCCUGCCCUAAGUUUCUGAUAGGGUGGUCUUAUUAUAGCCUUCGCCGGGGCGUAGCGCCUCCUGAUUGGCUGCGGCGCGCGUCACUCCGAGUCUCAGCGGCGAGUCUAGGACGCGGGGGAGGCAGGAGGGAGGGCAGAGAAGGGGGCCGGGUGAUAUCAUCGCCCCGGGAAGGCCGCCUCUGGGUUUAAGUUGUUAGGCAAACAGGGAAGCUGCUGAGCUGCUCGGGGUCCGUCGCUCGCCUGGGCUGGGUAGACCGGAGCGAGGGGAGACGUGCAGCGACCGAGAGGGGCUUGCGCAGCUAGGCAAAGCUGACCGUCGAGGCUCCUGCUCUUGCAGCAGCCGCCCACGCCUUGGAUCUAAUACAGUCGACCUGCGCCUGUCACUCUGGCCCGGCCCGCGAGUCCGUCGGCAGACUGGUGAUUUAUUCAUGGUCGGCGCGGUCCGCCGCGGGAGUCUACGGCGGAGGGUGCCUUCGCUCUUCUUCGGGGUUUCUCCUGCUUUCGCCCGCAGAGGCUCAUGCGACGGGGCGGCCGCCCGUCGAGAGGAGGUGGAGGAGGAGGGCAGCGACGGCGGGGGGCAGCAGCGUCGCCUUGAGAGCCGAGCAGGGCUGCCUGCUGCGGGAGAAGUGAAACUGACACAGUGAAACUGACAAGGAGGCGGCGGAGGAGCUUCUCCGGCCGCGUCUCCCGCGCCGAGGGCUGCGCCUCUGUCCACACACGUAGCGCGCACAUCCACACCCAGUGUGCAGCCCCCGGCAGCUCGGGCUGGCUCCCGCAGCCCGAUGAACUGCCUGAAAGAGCCGCUGAGACUUGAGCGGCUGGUAGCCGGGAAUAAACUGUGCUGCUCCACCUCCCCUUCCUCCGCUUCCUCCACCUCCUCCUCCGCCUCUUCCUCCUCCUCCUGCCACCACCACCACCACCAGCCGGCCCUGGUCAUGGCUUCAGCCCUGACCCCCGGCCAGCCGCGCUCGGCCUUGGAUUCUGCCAAGCACCGGCUGGAGGUGCACACCAUCUCCGACACCUCUAGCCCCGAGGCCGCAGGUAAGGGUUCUCCGCCGGCUCCACGCUGCUUCUCUUUCCCUCGCCACACCAUCUCAUUAUUCUGAUUAUCAAUACAGAGUCUUGGGGGAUUAAACUGGGUCCUGUGCUGAGGACGCAUAGUGAGGGAUUAGAAGGAGAAGGGAAUGGAACUAUAAUUGCAGAUGGCACUGCCUUUGUAGCUAGAUUCUGGGAAACAUUUGGUUUCUCCUUUUCUGUCGGGAAACAGCGGGUGCGCGGGGAGGCAGAAGAGUUGCACACACGCCCGGCAAAUCCAGGCAUUUGUCACUGAGAGAUAGAAACCUAGCAGGAAAGACAGCAGGACCCGGGCUUGUAACUGGAAUGCAGUCUCCGUUGUGAUUUAGCCAGACCAUCUCAGUAAAAGAGCGGUGAUUGACCCUGUCACUCUGAAAUGUAUUUAAAAACAAACAAGCGGGCUCUAUGUAAAACAGCACUUACUGCAUCUAGUACAAAUGUAGUCGAAGCUCUAGGUGAAAUUUAAUUCCAAUAAAGGUACUGUAUAGGAACCCUGUAGGAUCCUGGGGGGAAAGAGAGUUCAGAUUUGCCCAUGGAUUUCCAUCUAUCCAUAGUGGUUUCCUUCCAGUGAGUCUUAUUGAAUAUAGUAGGAUUGGAUUCCGAUGAAAUAUGCAUAGGAUCGUGGUGUCAAAGGACCCUUUGCACGCUUGCUUGGGAGUAAGUUCGACUCGAAUCAAUGGGAGUUACUUCUGAGUAAACGUGCGUGGGCUGUUAAACUGCUACUUCAGGGGCGCACUUCAACCAGCCAGUCCUAGUUGAAUACACUGGGACUUGCUUCUGAGUAAGCGUGUUUAGGAUUGGGCUGUUUGAUUGCAAUCCGAAGUACACCUACCUAUGACUGUUCCGUUAAACUGAGUGGAGCCUGGAGGAUUGGCUACUUCAAUUUAAGUGUUUCUGCUUGACCGAGGAUGCAAUGACAUAUAUCUUCAUCCAACCCGAUCCUACCCAUGGUUACUCGGAAGUAAACAUGUCCGAUUAAAAUAAAUGAUAUUUGCCUUAAUGAAAACAUGCCCAGGAAUUGCAGUCGUAUGUGCUACAGAGACUGCAACUAUCACCAUGAGCGAGAAUGUAGGGGUCUUCACUGGGCUUAAUGGGGGCAAUCCCAACAACUUUGAGAUAAACACAUUUAGUUCUGAAAAUACAUUCCAUCUUUAAAGACACUUCACACUCUCAUUAACUUCAAUGGGUGGCAUUAAACUAAGUUUUACUGCGAGCAGACCCACUUUAAUGAAUGAACAUGCCUUUGUUUGGGCCAUUGAUUUCAAUAGAUCUACUCAGAGUAAAACUUGGCCGAAUACCGUGCAAUGUGAGUGGAAGUUAGACCGACUCACCGAUUUAGGACACAUUAUUGUAACAUAAUUUCUGGAUGCUCGAUCCGUGAAUCAGCACCAGAGUGGCCUUGUCUAGAUACAGGAGAACGAUGUAGCAUAGUACACCAGUAUUGCUGCAAUCUUUGUAGGUAUUUCGGAGGAGAGCCUCAGUAAAUGCAGAGCCGUGUUCGAUUUUAAAGAUGUGCCUGUGCACACAGCUGUAUUGAUACAGAUGCAAUAUACACGAAGUCUGCAGCAGUUGCACAGCGUGUACUGUCCGUGCAAGAGGUAUUUUAUACCUGUUACAUAUAACGAAUGCACCUAGGUGUAACGCUCAAUUCGAAUUAAUUUAGGGCAAUCCUGAAUCACAGUCCCAUACUUCUUGUAGUGUGAGGGGGGGAAAGCUUUCCGUGACAUCACUGAAGGACUUCCGUGUGCGUAAGAAGGUGGCCUUCAGAUUUGCUGUAUUAAUCUCGUAUUGGUGCACACUUUUAAAAGGAAGCACUUGGAUUGAAGUCGAUAUACAUUCUAAAACUUAACUCCUGGGAUAUAAGUGGCAACGUUUUUAAUAGCGCUGAAGGACACAGCCUGACUUUUCAGUCCGAAGCACGGUUACUUUUCAAUUUAUGGCCUUGGGUUUUCCUAUUUAUCUGGUGUGUGUGUGUGUGUUUCAUUCGGAUCCUAAGCGCGUUUAUUUCAGCGCAAACCUCAUUGCUUCCAAAGAAACUACUUCCGUAGCCUUUAUUUGUAUUACAGUUUUAGGAGAGCAGCUUUUGGAUUGGGCUUGUUCACCCCUCGAUCUUUAAAUAAAAUCUAUGGAAGUAGAUACCCUGCGUUCCGAUUAGGCCGACUGGCUUCAAAACAAGUGCGCUUAGAACCGCAUGUUUCUCCGCCGGUUCGCAACGACCCAUCCCCCCCCCCCGGCUACUUCGGCUCAACCGCCUUGGGAAGAGCGCCGACUGCGGGCCGCGGGCCGGUUCAGCGGGGCCGCGGAGCGCUUGGGCUGAUCCCCUUCUCCCUCCGCCCGCCCUUUUUCUCCCCGCCCCCCGAAUCCCAAUCCGCGCCAGCCUGUUGACCCGCGACUGCCUUUUCCUUUGCAGAAAAAGACAAAAGCCAGCCCAGCAAGAAUGAGGACGCGGGCGCCGAGGAUCCGUCCAAGAAGAAGCGGCAGCGGCGGCAGCGGACGCACUUCACCAGCCAGCAGCUCCAGGAGCUCGAGGCCACUUUCCAAAGGAACCGCUACCCGGACAUGUCGACUCGGGAGGAGAUCGCCGUCUGGACCAACCUCACCGAGGCCAGAGUCAGGGUAAGGGUAAGGGGAGCCCCGAGCGAUCUGCUUUGUUCUGUAUCUGUGAAUGUUGGAAGAGGCAGCAGCGAGGCGAACGAACCUGAGUAGCUUGGCUGGCGCAGGGAAGGCGCCGCUUUCGAUUUGGCCUCCUUUUCGAGGCGGGCUUUGGCCCCGGCGCAGCGCCUCUCUGCUUCCCUCUCAGGCCGAGGCAGGCUGCCAUCUUCUCCGAAUAUGAUGGAUGGCUGCGCGGCGUGUUCUGAACUGGAUGUGUACUUUAUGGGAAGCGUCGCCAAGAAAGCUUCCCGGGGCAGGCUCCGACGUGUGCGCAGCAGCCCGAGAUGCGCAACACACGAGGCCUCUGACUCCAUCGAAGGCACCCAAAACUUGCCCUUCCUUGCAUUCUUCCUUCCCUCUCCCCACCCCUCGCUCGCCCCAAGCACCCUCAGGUUUCACAACAACGGUGGCUUUCUCCCCACCCACGCCACCCCUUUCUUGCCAAGAUUGAUGGAUCGAUCAGAGUGCUAAAACGCAGCAGAAUCGUGCACUCCCGUCUCCGGGAAAUCAAAGUGGGGGGAAACCCAGAUCACAGCCCCAGGUCUGUAUAUAUGGAAGAAAGUCCCGUGAAAAGAGAGGCAGUGCGGGUGUCCUCAUACAAGCUUCCCUCUGUAGGGAUAGUAAGUUGCAACUCUGUGGGCCUUUAAAACCUUUCGAGUUUGGUAUAUCCCCCUCCUAGCCGGCUUGCAAAGAGCUUUAGAACUGCAAUUGGUGGCUAAAUUACUUUAGAGUAAUCCCGUUAGGAUUGCUAUGAGGUCAGGAGAUUUGAGGAGAUUAAAGAAAGUCCCAGCGCAAUCCAUGAAACCAGGAGCGGGGAUGUUCAGCGUGUUGCUUACUCUCUUUAAAAAAACAACAACAAAUAAAUACAUAAAACAGAAAAUAAGGCCUCCUCCUUCUCAAAUGUAAACCAUGUUUGUUUUGGUUAGAAGCGUGAAAGCCUUCCCAAACAAAUGUUACCUGGAAUAACGACAUUUGUAGUCAACAAGACUUACUCCCAAGAAAGUGUGUAGGGAAUCAGAGCGUUUUUAAAAAAUAAAAACCGCCUGGUACCUAAGUUAAUGUAGGACCCGUUCAUAUCUCUGUUUCUUAUUCCCAAGUAAAUGCGAUUAGGACUUGGGUGUAAACAGCGCAAAAAUAAUAAUGCUUUAAUAUAUAUAUAUACUACAAUUUAAAUUGGGGUUUUGGAUUAGACCAGUGCGAAAUGCGAAAUGUUGCAUUCAUUGGAGGAAUCAGUUUUUGCUACAAUGCUUUGGAAACAAACAAAUCCCAGAGAUUUUAAUUAAAAAAUAUGGGAGUCUGUAGAGUUUGGGCUCAGCUGCUUAGUGGAAAUAAACAAGGAGUAAUUUAAAAAAAUCUAAAGGGACACAGAGGAAUCUGGUUGUGUUGGCUGUUGACUCAAUUCAGGCUGGGUGUCUAUUCAAUAGCCGCGCAUUUAAACGAAAAUGUCUAGAUUUAAGCCGAUGGAGCCUCCUGCCCUAUCUUUAGAGUCCUCCCCUCUCGAAAACAAAAGGAGCUUAAUUUUAUUGAAAGCUGCCGCACUUACUUCUAAGCAAGUAAGCGCACUCACGACUUUGUGACAUUUUGGUUAGGCCUAAUUAAGGUUUUUACCAUACCAUGGCUUUGAGAUUUAUUGAUUUUUUUUGUAAUAAAUCAACAAAGCUACCUACAUGGUGUGUGUGUGUGUGUGUGUGUGUGUGUGUGUGUGUGUGUGUGUUCUAAGUAACUGAGCCGGCAAAGCAGUUGGGUUUAGUGGGGUUUGCAAUUCUCUACAAACCGUGGUUUUACUGGGGAAGAACUCGCAGUGGCCUGCUCCCCAGUAAGGAUGCAUAGGAGAGCAGUCUCCUAAGGGGGAAGAGAUGCAACUAGGUCAGUUUAUGUGGAAAUGCGAUUGUAGAAAAACUGGCUCUUUUUCUAUAAGAAGCUUGCGCUUUUGUGUUGGGGGGGGGGCGGGGAGUGUCAGCUUGCCCUCAAGUCCCUCCUGCAAAUGUGCUGGCCUGUAACGUUUUAAAAAUAUGACUUUGAAAACGCUGGCAGUGGAGAGGUGAACAGCUCCCCUCCCCCAUUUACAGGUUUAUUUUCCCCACUUCUUUGAAACCUGGAGACGGCCGUGCAUGUGCUUUGGAGAAUGUAGCGUGUUAUGUUUGGGGGAAAGUGGUGGUAUUCGCGGGCGCUGGGUAUUGGGUUUUAUUAGGCGUCUGCGAGCGAACGGUGCAGUCGAAAGGGAGAUUUGCAACGUAAAACACGGGCUGUGUAAACAGAACGGGAAGAGCCCCGCGACGGUUCGAAUCCACAUAAUAACUUUGCAGGCGGCCGACUGGCAAAUCAGGCGGCGGGAUGUGGAUUGGAGCGAGACACACGCCUUCGCCAUUGUCUGCGCGGCGGAGGCUGUUGCCCUUUAGCACAUAGUGAAAAGGGCAACUUUGCCAAACGAGCAGAGGACAAGAUGGGGCGGACGUGGUUUGGCUUUACUGGCGAUUAGCACAUGAAAGGGACUGGUCCCUUUAACAAGCUGUUGAAGUAAAGAUUUACGACGGCUUGCCCAGUUAUUUUUAUUUCAAAAAUAUUAUUAUUGUUCCUACCUCUUGUUUCUAGAGAGGAGAUAUCGAUGGGAUUAAAAAUGCAUUCUGUUCCUCGGUUUGGGAAAGAGGGCUGAGGUUGUUAAAAGUUGGAUUCUCGUGCAAACUCAGUGUUUUCUUUCUUUGUGGUAAAUCGAGGGAGGGGGAAACUGAAAGGUGGAGGAGGGGGAAGGAGCCCAUCCCCUUUGUUCGCGAUCUCCCUGAACAACAAAAUGAAUGGAGUGCGAACCGAAUGAAGGAUUCCACCUACAAGCGAGCAGAAACCAAAGCGGCAGAUAGAUAAUAUAUAGGACGUUUCCUUGGCCGGGCGUCAAAUCCUGUGAUGAAUGACACGAGCAUUUGCACUACAAGAGAUAUUUUGUCAUAUAUAGGUGGAGAUAUUCAAAAGCAGCUUCAGUCAGGGCCCAGUUAGGCGGUUUUCGUCCCUCUGAAAGGAAUGAGGCCGGCGCUCUAAAGAGAAACAACGGGGAUCUAUUGCGUAGAUCCAGUGCAUGCGGGAUCAAAUAUUCUCCCACAGCCACUGUAAAUUGCUUUAUCAGGCUGUAAAACGUGCUAAGAAAGAACGGGGGGGGGGGGGGCAAUGCUCUUAAGACCGGCUUCUGCUUCGGUUUCUGGUGCCCCAGCCUUAACAGAUUUACUCGGGAGUUAGUAUCGCCGAUUUAAGAGGGACCCAAGCAAGAAUGUAGACCUAAGGAUCAUGCGCACGUUUUCUGGGCGCAAGUCCCUCUGAGGGGCUCUGGGUUCCAGCCGUAGACCCCGAUGCGAUGCACGUUGACCGGAAAGUAAGUGGAACCGAGGGUCAAUAGAGAUGAUUCCCAAGUCAAUAAACUUGGACUGGCAGCCACAAGGUCGGCCCCUAUACGUGUUUUCUGGGAACUGGGAAGCAAUUCCCAAUGACUUCCAACUAAUCCCUGUACAGAAGAAUCCAUAGGAUCGUAAACGAGGCUCCAAUGAUUUGCAGUGGCAGCAUCAGGAAGGGGGAAAAACAUGGGGCGGGGCAGGUUGAGACAUAAGUACAUUUUGUGGGUGCUUCCUCCCCCAUGUUAGAUUUAUGAAAGAUAAACAUAGGCAUCUUCUGCAGGCUCCCAUCCUCAACGUAUUUUCUCUGCCCGAAUUGUGUCUGAUGGCGUUAUUACUUUUCAAGGCAGCAGGCUUAGAGGUUUUGCAGCUUUGUUUCAAAACCGUCCCGUUUAUGGUUCAGUGCGAGUUUGUACGUGGAAAGUGCUUCAGUAGUGUGUGUUUGGGGGGCAGGGAGGGGUUAAGAGCCAACUGUGCGUGGUGGAAGGCCGCUGUGAGAACAGGGCGUUAGGCUAGGUCUCAUCCAGCAGGCUCUUCUUGGGUUCUAGACUUCCCUCUACCCUUCAUGCUGUACCCCAAAGUUGCUGGAGCCCCAGGGCUCCAGGAGGAGGACAUUAUUGGUGUCCUCCUCGAAGUUCUGGAGAUGCUUGCGCGGCGCGCGGGUCUGCUUUGCCUUCCCUAUAGUGACCGGCUUUCUUUCCCCCCACCCCCAUCCUUCUCCUUGUUUUGUUGCCCCCCCUUCCCUUUCACUCGUCGCUCCCCUCCAUUGCAGGUUUGGUUCAAGAACCGCCGGGCCAAGUGGCGGAAACGCGAGCGGAAUCAGCAGGCGGAGCUGUGCAAGAACGGCUUCGGGCCGCAGUUCAACGGGCUGAUGCAGCCUUACGACGACAUGUACCCGGGCUAUUCCUACAACAACUGGGCCGCCAAGGGCCUGACGUCGGCGUCGCUCUCCACCAAGAGCUUCCCCUUCUUCAACUCCAUGAACGUCAACCCGCUCUCGUCGCAGAGCAUGUUCUCGCCGCCCAACUCCAUCUCGUCCAUGAGCAUGUCUUCCAGCAUGGUGCCCUCGGCGGUCACCGGCGUGCCCGGCUCCGGCCUCAACAGCCUGAACAACUUGAACAACCUGAGCAACCCCUCCCUCAAUUCGGCCGUGCCCACACCCGCCUGCCCCUACGCCCCGCCGACCCCUCCUUACGUUUACCGGGACACGUGUAACUCUAGCCUGGCGAGCCUGAGACUCAAAGCUAAGCAGCACUCCAGCUUCGGCUACGCCAGCGUCCAGAACCCGGCCUCCAAUCUGAGCGCCUGCCAGUACGCCGUGGACAGGCCCGUGUGAGAGAGAGACAGGAAGGCCUGCCGCCUUUCGUCCCUUGUUUUGUUGUUGUUGUGGUUGCGUUCAGAAAACAAACAACCCCCCCCACCCAUUUAAAAAAACAAAACCCAGAGACACAGGAACAAGCAGGCGCACAAUUCUGAAUGGACGAGGGAGGAGGCCUCGUUUCCGCAAUCAAAGGACUUGAAUGUUCGAAUCCAAAGUAAAUGGGCACUAAUGGAACGCGAGAUGGAAACAGCGGAGUGACUUCGGAAUUGAGACAAAAUGUAAACCAGAAAGAGAAGGGUUGGGGAGAGGCACAAGAGAUACCACUGAAACUAGCGAGUCCCUUUGUUUUCAAAGGAUAUUCUCCUGCUACCUUUCACUGAAGAAGAAAAAAGUAUUUCCAACAUCUACAAGGACAUAUAUUAUAAAUAUAUAUAAAAUACGGACAAACGUUUGAAUCGCUAUACUAUGACAUUUUAAUGUUCCUAUAAGCUUGUUAUUUUUUAUGUUUAGCAUUGUUAACAUUAAAAUAAAAAAAUGACGGGAAAGGAUGUAUAUAUAUAUCGAAAUGUCAAAUUAAUUUUAUAAAAGCAGUUCUUAGUAAAUAUCCACAGUGUUUUUAAAAGUUAGGCUUUAAAAUAAAGCAUGUUACACAAGACAUUAGGGAUUUCUUUUCUUUUUCUUUUUUUCCGCUUGCGAGCAAGGGAAUGUAUAUACUAAAUGCGAGACUGUAUGUUUCUAACAUAUUAUUAAUUAUUAUUAUUAAAAAAGAAGAAGAAGAAGUCCCAUUGUGUGAAUAUCGGUUUUAGAAUAGUACCUCUGGUGGAUGCAAUGGCGACGCUGAAACUGCAAUGUAAACAUACCCUGUGUAUAACAUUUCGUAUAAUAGUGUUUUCCUUUUCUGACAACAUUGGAAAAAAAUGUGUUUUCUUUCAUGGGAGUAAAAUAUACUGCAUACAGUUUGG